UUCACGUGCAUCGAGCAUGAGUACAGCUAAAAGGUCUCAUUUACCAACAAACAUCAUUGUGAAAGACCAUGCAAAACACUUGCGUGCGAUUGAGAUUUCGCCAAUUGGAGUAUUUUCCGCAAAAAAAAGCACAAGAAAUUCUGCAAGUUGCAUCGCAAAUUUUGAAAAAAGCUGCAGCGAAAUCAAGCGUGUUUGGCUGCAACAAUCAUAAAAAACUGCGAAAUUCUGCAUAGACUGAUAGUUGGUAAUGCCUUGUUGAUGACAAAAGUUAGAGAAGACUGUAUUGAGUUGACAGGAAAGGAUGUUGUUUUUUUUCUGUCUUAUUCUUCUGUGAAUGUAUUGAAGCAAUUAAUUCAGCCAAUUAUAGAUGAACUCCAGCUGGUAUAGCUAUAUACAAAAUUAUGAACAUUACAGGUUUAUCUCUCUCUCUCUCUCUCUCUCUCUCUCUCUUUCUCUCUCUCUCUUUGCUUGUACUGUGCCUUGUGUUUUUUGUGAGUAGAAUUACACUAUUAUUAUUAUGACCAGAUUUUAAUUAAUUACGUUAGUUAACCUACAUAUGUUGUGUAUGCAUCUCUACUUCCAGAUAUUCUAGAUAUUUUAUGAGAAUUUAUGAGUAUUUAUGUUCACAUGGCAGAAUUGCCCCUUAUUGUCUAGACAAUAAAACAUAUUGUCUUGUUACUAUGAUGUGCUAUGACUGGACAGUAAAUGAAUAACACUAUGAAGUUUUCGUCCUAUUACCCUGGCCCCCUUCCCCCAGGCUCAAAUGUCAAAGUCCACCCAUGCGUGGUGAAGUGAACAACAUCACAGAAAGCAUGACAUAUGGAGCCUUGAGGUGGCCGGGCUACAACAGCAGAAGACCACGUCAUGUGCCGCUCCUGUCAGCCAAGAACAGGGAUCUGAGUCUAGAUUGGGCACAGGCUCACCCAAACUGGAUAGUUGAUGAUUCAUGUGAUGUUUUUCCAAAGUCACAGAGAUCACAUUUUUCCCCAUUAUAAUGUUUAAUGUUAACAUUAACUGAAACUCUUGACCUGUAUCUGCAUGAUUUCAUGCAUCGUGCUGUUGCCAAAUGAUUGGCUAAUUGGAUAACUGCAUGAAUGAUCAGAGAGUGCCCAGCUGGGUUGUUUGUUGUCUGCCAGCCUUGCUCUGUGGUUUACCCAUGCCUCCAUCUUCCCUCGAUGACAGAUUUGUGGUCCCGCUCCAAUUUUAUCUGGACACAACCUACCUGGAAGCCACCGUGGGCGCCAUUGUGGUGGAGAUCCAGGUGACCAACCUCACUUAUAUGCCCUCAUCCAGCAGUUCCACUCGUUCCCUGACGUGUGGAUGCAACAGUGCCAGCUGUUGCAUGGUGAGCACUUACGAGAAAGACAGCCAGACACAGACCCUGACCCAAACACUGAGCCAGGUCAGUACAAGUAGCCCCGACUUGAAUGCCGGCGUCAACUAUGCUGCGCACGGAGGUUUCUCCAGGCCAAUGGUGGGCCAGAGUGAAACCGUCAGUGCACCCAGUCUCAUAUCCAGCACACCCAGAGGUGGUGUGCGCAUCAUCCACCCAAGUGAGCUGGCUCAGAAGAUGACAUAUUGCCCCACAGGUCAUCCAGUGGGGCCUCUGCCAAUAAUAAUAGACUGUAGGCCUUUUUUGGACUACAGCAAAAGCCAUAUCCGAGGCGCUGUGCAUAUUAACUGCUCAGACAAGAUCAGCCGCCGGCGCCUGCAGCAGGGCAAGAUCACUGUGCUGGAUCUCAUUUCCUCCCACCAGAGCAAAGACUCCUUUAGGGGCAUUUUUUCAAAAGAGAUAAUCAUUUAUGAUGAGAGGACACUGGACCCAACUCGACUGUCAUCAUCUCAACCUUUGCAUGUAGUUCUGGAGUCUCUACGUAGGGAUGGGAGGGACCCAAUUGUUCUCAGAGGUGGCUUCUCCAGUUUCAGACAUGGCUAUGAGGACUUAUGUGAGAGCUCCCUACAACUUCAAGAGGGUCAUGAUGCUGGUGCAGCUGUUGCCCUGUCUGGGGCGCUACCUCACUUGCUGCCCUCCAGCCCUGAUAUUGAGAAUGCUGAGCUGACAACUAUUCUGCCGUUCUUGUACCUGGGAAAUGAGCGUGAUGCACAGGACCUUGACCAAAUGCAAAGGCUGAACAUUGGAUACAUUCUCAAUGUCACCACGCACCUCCCACUAUACCUCUAUGACCUAGGGAUAUGCAAGUAUAAACGCUUACCUGCCACCGACAGCAACAAGCAGAACCUACGUCAGUACUUUGAAGAAGCAUUUGAAUUUAUAGAAGAAGCUCACCAGGCAGGCAAGGGACUGCUCAUUCACUGCCAGGCGGGCGUGUCAAGGUCUGCCACUAUUGUCAUUGCAUACCUGAUGAAACACACUUGGAUGACCAUGACAGAUGCCUACAAGUUUGUCAAGAUGCGAAGGCCUAUCAUCUCGCCCAACCUCAACUUCAUGGGCCAGCUCCUUGAGUUUGAAGAAGAUCUCAAUAAUGGCAUCACUCCUCGCAUACUCACGCCCAAGCUUAUUGGAGUAGAGACUGUUGUAUAGAAAGGUUGAUUAAGAGUGCAUUCUCCUCCAAAGUAUUUUUCCUUUAGUUUUUUUUUUUUUCAACCGGAAGACUGUCUGUGAAUGGGAUGCAUGCCUCAAAGACGCAAGUUUCUACUUGUUUUCGCUUCAGCAUGGAUUUUGGAAUAUGCACGUUGUCUCUAAAGAUGCCUGUGAGAAAAGAUUUGUUUGGCGUGUUAGUUGUUCUUGUACUAUUUUUAUACCAGAGUUGACCAUGAUGAGCCUUAUGAUGAGGCUUCACUGUGCAAUACUUUGAGUGAAAUGCAAUGGAGGUUUAAUCUGUAUCUAUAUAGUAGGUGAUGGUGAACACCUUUGCAGGUCUCUACUGUAUGUUCAAGAUUCUAUAUAUUUUUUAAAAAGAUUAAUAUUGUGUUCAGUUGAAUGUGAAGCCAAUGUCAUUGGCAUGAAUGUUUAUUAGAUAUAUUUUUAUUUUUUAAAAGAUGGAAGGAAAUGGUUUUUUGGUCUGUAUAUCAUACCAAAUAAUUUUGCUUAAUUCCUCUUUGAUAAAAUCUCAACGGCUCUGUGUAUGUUUGUCUCUGGCACUUCUACUGUGGUUAUUCCUGGUGCCAGAAAUAUGUCCAAAUAAGAAAUCUAUGCUGCAUGAACACCCAAGACAUAAAUAUUAAUAUUCAACUGUAAUCCUCUUUUAUUGUUAUAUGAUAUUUACCAUAUACUGUGGUCUUAAAUUACACUGUUACCUUACUCAAUGCUCCAAAUAUCAUCUUGACAUCUGCUUUUUUUUUCUUUUCAGCUUGUUUGUGUGUGAAUGUAGGAGAACAACCAAAAGAUUAUGGUGUUCUAUUACAAAAUUCUCUUAUUUCUAGUAACAUUCUAGCCAGCUGAAAUGCUCUGACCUCUAACUGGGUACUUAGUCAAAAAUAUAUAAAGGAGACAGUUUUUUAAUUGGUAGUAAAUGUGGAUAACUGAUUAAUGCAACAAUGUCCAUCAUUUGUACUUAAUUCCAUUGCAAAGCUACCAAAGUUUCUUUGGAAACAUUAAGCACUGGUGUUAACUGGAGUUAUACGACGUCUCGACUCUAUUUUCUUUCCUGUUCUUUAAUGUAAAGUAAGCAAACUGAAAAUACUCUGUUUUGAGUGACACAGCAGCACGGCUUUCUUUACAGGAUUAUCAUAUUUAGCUAUUCAAACUAAGGAUAAAAUGUUUUCUUUGGGAUUAAAGCCAUGGUUUGCAGUCAUUCAUAAUUUGUUUAGUUCAUCUAAUUUAUAAGUAAGGGGUGAUCUGUUUAUUUCUCUAUCAAAAUGACACAGAGGGAUAUUAUAAAUAAUUUCAUAAUGAAACUUUAAGCCAACUGGCUGUAAUUUUGAAAGCUUUGUCUGGCAUUAUAGUUAUCACUUUACUACGUACUUAGCACAACGUUAAUAUCAUUAACAUUUAGCCACACUUUGAACUUUGUUUUUAUGCUUUUUAUUUAAAACAAAGUUGCAUAUGCAAGCAGUUACCGUCAGAGGAUUUUACUUCGACUUCGAAACUUAUAUAAAUGCAACUUUAAUAUAAAAUAAAUACAGAAAAAUAAGCAGAUGCUCCAAAAAGGAGUAACAAACAGUUAGCCUUCAAGAAAAAGGAGGGGAAAAAAAAACCCAAAUUGAGACGCUAUACUGUUUUGAGAUUAUGUAAGAUAGUUGAGUGUAAAAUGUGUAUUAAUUUAAAAUUCAUAAAAAUAAUUUUUAUGCAUAUUUUCAAAAGCAGAAAGUCUUUUGUCACUGCUUUAAAAAACAAAACAAACAAACAAAACUAAACAGAUUAGGCCUUAAUUCGCAUUAAAUACCAGUGUUUAAAACAUUGUUGUUUAAGAAAUGAGCCUGAAUGUCCUCACUGCUCACUUAAUAAAACUGCAAUGUGUAAAAUUGUUGCUUGUGUAUAUACACUAUAUACCUUACUUUAUUUGUAUAUUCAAUUCAUUUGACCUCCUUCUUGAAAUGAUUUGUAUAUUGUCACUUCUGUGAAACAUUUAUGUAUGGUCAGAUGGUGCAAAUGAUUGUGCAACUGAAACAAAAAGGUAAACCAAUAUUUCUGGGGUAUAUAUAUGGAGUGUUUAUGUGGGUUUGCUGUUUUAUAUACAGUGUUAUACAGUAUACAGUUGAUAUUUUAAGAGUGACUCAAAAAGAAACAGCAAGAUAUGUAUUAUGUGUGCCUGUAGUCUGAUAUACCAUAGAUAAUCGUGUCUCUUUCUGUCUAUGCAUUAUGUUAGGUGUGAUCAUUAGUGUGUUUUCGCACUGGCUCAGAAAAAGGUGCUAUAUUAAUGGAGGCCUUCUAAACCUUAUUUGUGAUAUGUUCUGGUACAUUAUUUUCUUUCCCCAAGGUUAAAGCAGUUUAUAUUUAUCAUUAUUGCUUUUAAUCUUAAUUACAAAGGUUAAAUCCUGACAUAUGAUUUGGAAAUAAAACAAAAGAAGUGCAAAAAAAAAAAAAAAAAUCCAUAUAAUGAACUGUACUGUGAUUUUUUUUUUUUGUAAAGGUAAUAUCUGAGAAUAUCUUUAAGCCUGUAAUCUGUCUGGCUGUUCUGUUUUUGUAUGGAUUGUUAUUGCUUGCAAAUUUUUUUAUUACAACUAAAAUCCAAGCUAAAAAAAAAUAA